GCAUACGACUGUUGGUAGCUAACUGCUGUCGGUCAUCGGUAGGCGUACCCAAGUUCAGUUGUGCAGUGUUUAGAAUGACGUUUGAUCGGGCAUGAGGGGUAGAGAAAUGCGAGAGUACGACCUGCAGCUUCGACUGCGACACAGCAAAUGCAAGAGCGUGUCUGGUUGGCCUAUCCCCUUUCUACCUCAUCUCUCCCUCUAUUCGUCUCGACUCCGAUGCUGCCUGCCAGAAGAUGCCAAUGAACACCAAUGCCCGAAAAGUUCGCAACCAAGAUGGCAAUCCUUGCAUCGAGGAGAGUGAUGGUUCCCAGAAGUGCAUGGACAGGAACAACUAUGACAAGGGCAUGUGCACCUUCUACUUCCAGAGAUACAAGGAGUGCCGGAAGUACUGGCACAAUAUCAUGAUCCAGCGUCGGCGGGAUGGUGUAAAGCCAGAUAUGCCAACAGCGUCGGAACGCGAAGACAUCCUUGCUGCCAUUGGCGGGAAACCCUACUGAGGCCUGCAGG